AUGGCCGAAAAUAUUUACGAUGAAAUCGAGAUCGAGGAUAUGACUUAUGAUCCAGUCCUACAAAUCUAUCAUUAUCCAUGUCCAUGUGGCGAUCGAUUUGAAAUCGGUAUUGCUGAUUUGAGAGAUGGCGAAGACAUUGGAGUCUGCCCAAGUUGUAGUUUGAUGAUAAAAGUUAUUUUUGAGGUGGAUAAUUUACCAAAGCCGGAAGGAGAUCAAGGUGGCCCUCAGGUGACGAUUGCGACUUGAGUAGGUUUGUGAUCCGAGUCUAUACACAUCAUGCAUCGCCCCAAGAAAGGAAGUUUUGCUGGAAGCUAGGAUGAUUGAGGGAUACGUGAAAGUGAGAAUGGAAAUACUUCCUAAAAUAUUAUUCGCACCCAACGAUGAGCGUCUAGUCCAGCGUCAUUCUGCGAAGAAUUACUACCGCAAGAAUAGAACCAGAUUGGAUCAAGCCGAGGUCACAGGCAACAAGAAGUAAAGAGAGUUAGAUUUCUUGGAGAAGCUGUAUUGUGUCUAUAAUAAGCAGAUAGUCAGAAAUUUAGACUGUGUCCAUUACCAUU